AUGCUGUUGACGGUGCACAAUAAGAUGGUGUUGGUAUCGUUCAACUGCCCGUGGCUUCUGACCGGCCUGCACGGCGCAUUUUCCGCCGUCGGCGGAUUAAUCAUCUUGAAGCUGGGGUAUUUCAAGCUAUCAAAGCUCUCGCAGAGAGACCAUUGGUAUUUAAUCGCAUACUCGGUGCUUUUUAGCGUCAAUAUCUUCUUCUCCAACUGGUCUCUCUCCCUCGUGAGUCUGGCCUUCUUCCAGAUCAUCCGCAAUACCUCGCCGAUUUUCACCGUCGUCCUCUAUCGCAUCUACUAUUCGCGCUCCUACUCGAAAGCUACGUAUAUUGCUCUCGCCCCGAUUAUUCUGGGUGCUGUUAUGACUGCGACGGGAGAUUUGAACUACUCCUCCCUCGGAUUGAUCGUGUCGGCUGUUGGGGUGGUCCUGGGAGUCGUCAAGAUCAUCGCCACGAACCGACUCAUGACCGGCACCCUUGAGCUCGGAUCGAUGGAGCUAAUCUAUCGAAUGUCCAUCUACUCCACCAUCCAAACGGUGAUCAUCGGAGCCAUUGUAGGCGAAUUCUCCGAGUUCUCCACAUCCCUUGCGAAGAGCGCAGACGAGGGUUCGUUCGGUAUGGCCGGCGCCGCCGCGUCGUUACUCGGCAACGGCUUCGUGGCAUUUUUACUCAAUAUCGCGUCUUUCGAAACCAACAAGGUCGCGGGUGCUCUUGCCGUCACGGUUUCGGGAAACCUGCGACAGACUCUCACCCUUGUGUUGGGCAUCUUCUUUAUGGGCGAUUUCGUGCUCAGCAUCCAGACGGUGGCUGGCAUUGUGCUCGUGCUGGUGGGAUGCGGUCUUUAUAGCAAGGCGGAGCUGGACUCCAACAAAGGUGCUACAUCCCGUUGA